GGAGGGAGGACGGCUCCGCUGCGCCGUCAGCUGCUUCCGCUCCGCUUCCCUGUUUGGUGGCUUUUUAGGAGAGCAACACAGCCGAGGAGAGGGACAUUAUUGUUGUUGGAAGUUUAUUUAACUCUCUGUGGAGACGUGGACACCGUUUGUGCAACAUUAGGGGGGAUUUAUCUGCCAUGAAAAAGUCAACACGACGAGAGGAUGCCCCGCUGCUGCUAGUGAGCCGACCGGCGCUCCAGUAACUUGUGUCCAGGAGUCAGGGGCCAGUGCCCAGGUUAGCCCCCUGAUCUUUAGCCUGGUCUGCGGGUCGGGAUGGCCACCGGGGUCGCAGCCACGGGGGCGGUGGGACCAGCCAAAAAUUCAGCUGGAACUCGGAAAAUUGCAUUGUCAGAGGGUGUAGGUGCCAGUUCAGCUCAGCCCAUGAAAAAAACUAUUGGCCAUCGGGGAAUUGAUCCCACUGGGGAAACAACAUACAAGAAGACAACGUCUUCGGCCCUGAAAGGUGCCAUCCAGUUAGGCAUCACCCACACGGUGGGCAGCCUAAGCCAGAAACCUGAGAGAGAUGUGCUAAUGCAGGACUUUGAAGUGGUUGAAAGCAUCUUCUUCCCCAGUGAGGGCAGUAACCUGACACCAGGCCACCACUAUAGUGACUUUUUGUUCAAGACUUAUGCACCAAUGGCCUUUCGCUACUUCAGGGAGAUGUUUGGCAUCCGGCCUGAUGACUACCUGUAUUCUCUUUGUAAUGAGCCACUGAUAGAGCUGUCAAACUCUGGGGCCAGUGGAUCUCUCUUCUACGUCUCCAGCGAUGAUGAGUUCAUCAUUAAGACAUUGCAGCACAAAGAGGCAGAAUUUUUGCAGAAAUUACUGCCUGGUUACUUCAUGAAUCUGAACCAGAACAAGCGGACCUUAUUACCAAAGUUUUAUGGACUCUACAAUGUCCAGGCCCAGGGCAAGAACAUUCGUAUUGUAGUCAUGAACAAUCUGCUCCCAUCUGCGGUACGAAUGCACCUUAAGUAUGACCUAAAGGGCUCCACCUAUAAGCGACGGGCCUCAGCCAAGGAGAGGGAGAAGACCCUUCCUACAUACAAGGACCUGGACUUCAUGCAGGACAUGCCUGAUGGCCUGCAGCUGGAGGCUGACAAGUACAGCGCCCUGAGCAAGACCAUACAAAGAGACUGCCUGCUGCUGCAAAGCUUUAAGAUCAUGGACUACAGUCUUUUGGUCGGGAUCCACAAUGUAGACCAGGCCUGUCGAGAGGCGGCCAGGGAAGAGGCAGCGGCAGGCCCUCUGGACCAAAGGAGACCACAAGGCCAGAAGUCCUUGUACAGCACCGCCAUUGAGGCCAUUCAAGGAGAGGCAAGGGGCAAAGGACCCCUGAAUACAGAAGACCAAAUGGGAGGAAUCCCUGCACGAAACGCUAAAGGCGAGAGGCUUCUGGUAUACAUUGGCAUCAUUGACAUUCUUCAGUCCUAUAGAUUGGCCAAGAAGCUUGAACACUCCUGGAAAGCUUUGGUCCAUGAUGGAGAUACUGUAUCAGUACACAGACCGGGGUUCUACGCAGAACGGUUUCAGAGGUUCAUGAACAAUGUAGUCUUCAGGAAGAUCUCACUGAAGGCGUCCCCAUCCAAGAAAGGCCGCGGGCUGGGCCAUGUCGCUGUGAGAAAGGCCAACAUGGGAGGCUCCGGGCCUUUUCUACAGACUCAGACCAGCAGCAGCAGCAGCCACCAGUUUUUAGCCCAGCGAUCCAUCAGCACUGAGACCAAAACAGACACGGAACAGGACAACGUCAUGCAGCCAGGUCGCCCUGACCUACUCCCAAAGACCUCAGCGCAUGACAACAUGACUGGUAACUCUGCCGAAACCACUUUCUCCACCAUUUUGGCAACUUCUGGGCCAGUUCCUGCAAAUCUGCCCACUGCUUUAUCUCUCGACUCCUCCAAGUCAGUGGGAGUGGAAGUGCCCACGUCAUCCAGCUCAGAGCAGGAGGCCAGCAUCACCAAAAAAGUCGAGCUUGGGACUCUGGAAGACAGUAUCGGUGCUGAGGAUGUAAUCUCGCUCAGCGACAUCGUUCCUCACACAAGCAAAUGCUCUGUGUAAGUAAACUUAGAAGAUGGUUCCUGCACAGAUGGAACUGCUCAUCACCUGCUUUGGUACGAUUUGGGUACCAAAAGUGGAAGGACAGUAACAGAAGCAUGUAAUGUAUCGGAGAGAGCAAUUAAACAUACCUAUAAUGAGACCAAGCUGCCAGUUUUCCAAACCUCGGACUGGAUUCCUUAUCAUAUGAGCAUGUAUGUAGGUGUCUUUGUUUUCUGACUUUUUAAUUAGUGGUAGAUGGGGUGCAUUAAUGCUGCGUCAGGACCCGCACAACCAAAGACAGAUCUUGGGACUCGUGUACUCAAGCACGCCGGCAGGAGGUAACAACGUGCAACCUGAAGACUUUGCCUUAUGAGAACCAGCCUUCAUCAUUCUUGCCCAGUCCUACUGAGAUGUCUGUAGCCUGUCUCUUCUGUUUUUUUGUGAUUUGAUCCUUCACUGUGUGAACUGAAUCACUGCAGAUCUUCCUCACACUUCUCACUCGGCUGUAGAAGUGCCACCGUACUAUCAUCCAGAGGCCCGCACUGCUACCGCUGCUGUUUUGUUUGGCAUUCAGAAUUCAGUGUUUUGACACAACACUAUGUUUUUGGGAACACAUUUUUUUAAAAACAGAAUUAUGAUUAUUUUUUAUUAUUGUUAAUAUUUUGAUUUUACUACGGUAGACAUGGUAGGCUUUCCUCCCUCUGAGCUUACUGUGAAUGCAAAUUAUGCUGGAAAGACAAAUGUAUGUACACUAUAUUUUAAGAUGGAUGAUCCUCAGCCUGAGGCCCCUGUGCUUUCUACUUUUAAAGACUGUGAAUCCUAAGUAGUAUUUAUCAACUUGAGGUCGGCGUGCAGGUUAGUGUUUCUGUUUAUAUAUUGUAAGAUCUGAUAAGAGUUUCAGCCUUAUGUUUUUUUUAAACUGGGAACCUUCAUUUGAUUGGCUUAUAUUUUAAGUGUGACCAAAGAACUGGUAGUGAGAUAACUUUGGAGAAAAGGACCACAAAAGAAGGCAUCUGGUGUCUUGACCUCAACUAUCGUCUAGCUGCCUUCUCUUUCAUUAGCGUAAAAGUGGUGAUGGCUGCCUGGUGUGUAAAGGUUGAAAAAGCAAUGCUGUGUGCCUACUUGUGUCUUGUGAACUCAAAUGGGUAUGCAGUUUUGAAGAUUAAGAUUCUGCGUCAUUUAAGUUGUAAGUUCGACCACUAAAAAUGGGUGUGCAGUGCUUGAAUUGGAUAUUCUUUAUAAGUAGUUCAUUCUCCCUAGCGUCUUACUGUAUAAUUUGGUUUUUGGUAAAUUCAGAAAUAGCCGUGGCUCUUUAAAUUCUUUGCCAUGGAGCACAAAAGAAGUUUGAUCAGGCAUUUGAAUCUCAUCAAGUCUUUUUUUUACUGUUCAGAACAAAUAUAUUUGCACUACAAGAGAAUGCAAAAAACACUGGAUUUGCCAUAAGUUAUUGUUAAUGUUCUUGAUGACUAUGAAAUUUCAGAAAUUAGGUGUAUGUAAAUCUUAAGUGUUAUCCACUAAUCUGUCAUGAUAAAAUAUUGAGAACUAAGUUUCAGUACAAGCAUAAUUGUUUACAUCAUUUUAUAUGGCUAGUUUUAUAAAGCUUGUAAGUCAUAUGAAGAUGUUAUUUGAUAAAAUUGGCUUUAUAUCAGACUGCCAGACAAUGCUGUGUCCCAAUGUUGAAGAGAAGACGUGAGUUUAAUGUACAAAUUGAGGCAACCGAGAAACAUUCAGCCUAUGAACCAAAUAUUUAAUUAAGGUGUAUUUAUUAUUCAUUUGUUCUGUUAUUUAUUCUGUCUUCACAAAUGUUUGGUAGCUUUAUGCAAUAACUGUGGCUGUCAAUGGGUUUUCCAUGAGGAAGACAGACUUGUCUCUAAUACCUGCGCUGGUAAAAAUUCAAACAUUCCUUGUGAUUUUCCAGCAGUGCUUAUGAUUUAUAUUGUAAUACCUGUAAAGAAAAAAAAAAAUCCUGUAUGUUUUUCAGUACAUCUGAAUAUAAGAGUCACAAUGCCUCUUCACAGGAUAUGAAUUAUCCAUUUUUCUUCCUCAUGCUAUUUUGGGGCUGUAAUGUGUACAUUUUACCUGAAGUUAUUACAAAAAGGGAAAAAUGUUGA